AUGGCUACAGGAUCAGCAGUAACUCGAGUUACUGUUAUCCUUAAUACACCAGAUGACUGGUUCAACUGGAUCUUUCUCUGCAGAGACUUCGCGAAGGAUCACAAGAUCUGGCAAUACGUCAAUCCAGAUACACCAAAGGAGAGUCUGCCUGACCUAGAGGCUGCCAAUCCUAAGCCUCAGCUCACCGACUAUAAGGCUAGAGCUUCUAAGCUCUCUGAUCUAUCCACUGAGGAUCGUGAUUCCUACCGAUGGGAGGUUGAACAAUGGAGACUCGACGAGAUCACGCUGCAGAAACAAGAGAGAGCUCUGGUGCAGCUAAAUACAGAGAUCACUAGGUCUAUCGCCACGCGUCAUCUCUACCUAAUACAGGAUCUCCCUACUGUGUACGAUCGACUUGUCGCUCUCAAGAAGCAAUUCUGUCCUUCUACAGCCGAUCGGAGUCGCGACUUAAUAGCAAGAUACACCAAUCUGAAGACCGCUCCACGCAACCUAAAGAAACUCGAUGAAUGGAUGGCUGACUGGAUACACAUCACUUCUCAAUGCCAAUCGAUCAACCUACCAGAGACAACUAGCUACAGGCCUCAGGAGGAUUUCCUGAUUGCCUGCCAAGCUCACUAUCCAAACUACGCUGCUACCUGCCUCGAUCAGAUAUACGAACACGAGAUAAACGGUACAAAUCUACUCAGCUUGCCCGCCUACGUCGAAAAGAUGACGAAGUACAUCCGCCGAGCUGCCCAGACCACUGCCACUGAGUCAAGUGUGCUAUCUACCUCAGCUGCUAAGCUUGGGAUUGCAAACCUACCUUGUGUUUGUGGGCUGUCACACGCUUUACCCGACUGCUGGAUACUCAAUCCACUUCACCCAGGUCGACCAAAAGACUGGACACCAGCACCUAUUGGAGUCCGCAAGGUUGAACAAGCUCAAAAGGAUCCUAAGAUUUCGAAGCAAAUAAAGGACGCCCUAAAUCAGUGA